GUGUGUGGGGAAAGGGGUAUCCGAAACCUUCUGUUUAACCUGGAAGAAGCAGGAGGAUCUCCAGUGAGCAAGGAAAUGUCAUGGUUAACACGCACAAAACUAGGCUGAUAUUUAGUGAGCCACUCGGUUCCGUUCUUGCAAUAAGCAAUUAAAAAAGAAAAGAAAAAAAAACUUAUAUGGAUCCAGCUUGCCCGGUGCAGCAGAAAGUCUGGAGCGAUUUUGUUUGGUCGCUGUAACGAAGAAAAAGAGAAGCUGUCAUUUUGUGUGUGUGUGUGUGUGUGUGCCCUAUACAAGGGCCUCCUGGUUCCUUGUUAGCUUAUAGAGGGGGAAAAAAACGCGUUUGAUGUUACAUCUGACCAGCUGCUGUUCUCCAUAAUAACAAGAGAGAAUACUGCCUGCCCUAGUGAGUUGCGUCACUUUUGCUUCAACUUUAGGCUAGAAAUCAAGAGAGCGAGAGAGAGGAGAGACAACUUUCAAGGAAGCAGGAGGGAGCUGGAAAGCCCUGCAGCCUGCCGCCCACCCACUUACCCCUCCUCCUUUGCCCCCUCCUUCCCCUCCUCCUCCCCCCCAAAAACUUUUCCAUCAGAGAAAGAGGGAGAUCUCUUUGGAAACAUGGAGCUGCUGUGCUGCGAGGUGGAUCCCAUGCGGAGAGCUCUGCCCGACCCGAACUUGCUCUAUGAUGACCGCGUUUUGCACAAUUUGUUAACCAUAGAAGAGAGGUAUCUGCCCCAAUGUUCCUAUUUCAAAUGCGUCCAGAAGGACAUCCAGCCCUUUAUGAGGAGGAUGGUGGCGACCUGGAUGUUGGAGGUCUGUGAAGAGCAGAAGUGUGAAGAAGAGGUUUUCCCCCUAGCCAUGAAUUAUUUGGACAGAUUUCUAGCUGUGGUGCCCACCAGAAAGUGCCAUCUGCAGCUGCUGGGGGCAGUUUGCAUGUUUUUGGCCUCCAAGCUGAAAGAGACAAUCCCCCUCACUGCAGAGAAACUUUGCAUAUAUACGGACAAUUCCAUCAAACCCCAAGAGCUGCUGGAGUGGGAGCUGGUGGUGCUGGGAAAGUUGAAGUGGAAUCUUGCAGCAGUGACUCCACAUGAUUUCAUUGAACACAUUCUAAGAAAACUGCCUCUACCUAAAGACAAGUUGCUUUUGAUCCGGAAGCAUGCACAAACAUUUAUUGCCCUUUGUGCCACAGAUUUUAACUUCGCCAUGUAUCCACCAUCAAUGAUAGCAACUGGAAGCGUGGGAGCAGCCAUCUGUGGCCUUCAGCUUGAUGAUGGGGAAAGUUCACUCUCCGGUGACAGCCUAACGGAACUCCUGGCCAAGAUCACAAACACAGAUGUGGAUUGUUAAUUGAGCAUGUUUCACGAGCACUCAGACGACAAGCAAAUGGGUGCUGGCUUCUGACAAGAUGACGCUCUUCUACCAUAAGCCCAUCUGUUUAGAGCAUGCCAUCCUAACAUGUAUUAACUAUAAAUUGUUGUAUUUCUUUUAUCUUGCAAAAAGAAUAUUAUGUGCAUUUAUUAUAUUUUUGGAUGCAUUGUUGUUUAAGCCCUGCUGUUUUUUCACCAGCUAAUUGAAGUCUUUGCAUUUCAUUUCUGAUUUCCAAGAAUGGUCCAGUUUUGCAAAAAAAAUUGGCAGAAUUUUUUUACUUUUCCCCCCGUGUCUCAUUGUUUUUAAUGUGACAUUUUGAAUUUCUUUUAGUUGGAAACCACUUUGCACAGAAAAGAGGCAACAUUUUGAAUUUCACAUACUUUUUAGGUGAAAGUGGUUGUGGUUGUGGAAAUUUCACACACUCAGUUGCUGGGUCAAGUAAUGAAAUGAAAUACUUUUUUACACAAAGUAUUUGUUGCUUUUUGUACAUCUUUACUAUAGACACAUGUAGGGCAAGAGACUGUGUGAGUGAUAUAUAGCAGUAUGCAGCAGGAUAAUGCAGUAAGAGAAAUCACGUAUGUUAUUUAGGCUGCAUGGCCUGGUAAAAGUGGAAAUUAAUUAUCAUAUAGUGCUCCUUUAGCAAUGGGGGACACACACAACCCUUAUCAUUUGGUGGAGGGGCAGUGGGAGGCACACAGCGCCCUUGGCAUACGGGAGGAUGAAGGGGCACACAGAGCUUUUGGAGGGAUGGGGUGUAGGUGAUGGUCCCUGAGAUAGAGGGGGAUGGGAGAGUGGCACACAGGGAGUUUGUGGGGGCGAUGAAGGAACAAAAGGAACCCCUGGUAUAUGCAGUGAGGUUGUCUUACAUAAGCUGCAAAGUAUGUACUCCCCUGGUAAUAGUGCUGAAAAAAAAUAGUAUCAGAAGGGAAAUAAAACGUCAUGUUACCACAAACUGUAACUAAUAGGGAUUAGGAUGAGGCCUUCAUGGGGGAUACAUUAUCCCAUAUCUACCUACUGUGGGGCUUUUUGUGGCUUCCCUCGAAGCAUCUGGUAAUGUUAGAGACAGGAUAUUGGACCAUGGAUCUGAUUGGCUAUUGCAGUUCCUGUGCUCUUUAAAAGGAUUACAGUAAUACUUUUCUACUUCUCCCAACUUUAUUUGUAGUUGUAUGCAGUGAGCAUUUUUUAGGAUUGGGAUUAGGUAGUGUCUGUUUACAUUUCCUGUCAUGUCUUUGCUUAUCCUUUCCAUGGAGAAGGAAUCGUUUUAAAAGUUUAGGGGGAACUUUUCUAAGGAAGGCACUGGCUCCCAUUGACAUUCAGUGGAAGUUUGAGCACUUCACUGCUCUUUGUGCCUUUAAAAAUUCCCCCAUCGUAUUUUUGAAGUAUUUUCUCUGGGAACAGAAACAAGUGCAGCCACCAAGCCCUAUAUCUUAGAACUGGAGUCUUCAUCAGCGUUCAGAGCUUUUUCCCUGGUGACACUUAGUGGAAGAGAGGCGUCAGGCUGCUGCCUAGGCUGUCACAGGACUACAUUUUCAGUUAUCACUGAACUCCAUCUAGGCUCUGGAUAUUGUUUCCAUAGUAAUGAGUGUUCGUCAAAGGAGGGAAAGAGCCCCGGAUAUAUUGCUGAUGUGUCUGCAGGCCCUGGUAACGUUAGAUGGGUUUGUUUUUGAGUGGCUCUGUUCUUCCUUCUCAAUGAGUCCUGUGUUGGGCAGUUGCUCAUCUGCUGUAAGGUUUCUCUUGCGCAGGAUGCCAUGGAGAUCUUUUCCAUCAUUCCUCUUGUUUAGCAUGGAUGGGAGGUUUGGGUUGCAGUGGAAUCAGUAUGCUGACAAUAUUCAGCUCUGUGUCUCCUUUUCAUCUGUCCCAGACAUUGCAGACCUAGCGUCUAGCCAAGAUUGUGGCUUGGAAGAUUGCUAGUUGGCUAAAGCUCAUUCUGGAUAGGACAGAAAUGACACUAGUAGAAUGGGAGAAAUGUUGGUAGGAUUGUAUAGAGGGCAUAUCUAUUCCCUGGAUGGAGGGGCAGUACUCACCCUAUAGGGGUUAACAAGGUUUGCAGUUGUAGGGGUGCUGCAGAACCUUUAGCUGCUCCUGGAUUCCUAGAUAUUAGGAAAGAGCAUGUUUUUCAUUGUUGCAAGCAAAGAGAGAGUGACCAUUCCUCUCUGAUGUAGCCCUUGCUACAGUAAUCUAUUCCUAGUCACCUCCAGACUGGUUAUUGCAGUUCACUCUACCCUUGAAAAACAAUCAGAAACCCCACUAGUGCAGGCUACAUUGUUGUAUUAUUUUUAUUUAUUUCCAGAUGUAAUUCAAAGUAUUGACAUUUCACCUAGAAAGCCCUGCUUGCCUUGGGAUUCUGGCUGCCUUAGAGACUGAAUCUCCCUAUGUGCCUUUUUGCUGGCUGGGGAAAGGGCACAGUGAAGUGUCCUUUUCUGUGGAGUUUCCUUUCCCCUUAUUCGCACAGAGCCCAAAUUAAUUGAUUUUCAGGGCAUGUUGCCGGGUGUACCCAAGACCAAGCCUGAGAGGGAGGGGAAGGUUUGGCUUACUCUGGUGGCUUAGGGAGGUUCUAUGCAUCUUUUUCAGUUGACAUUGUCAAUGUAUGUUUUAAUGCAUGUGGUUCCCUACAGUAGUGCCACCUAUUAUUAAAGUUGCCUGACAUUUCCUGUUAUAAGACCCUAUUUUUAGUUGCUUGUAAAAUUGCCAAACUUUAACUAUUUAGGCUGUAAUUUUCCGUGCUCUGGACUGCUGCAGGCCAGGACGGGUCCAAGUCCUGGCACCUGAACUGACAGCAGGGAGCUGUCUCUCCUGUGCUCUCAUUGACUACCCCCACCCCCAUUCUGGGCCCAGGCAGCGUUGCUGAAGAAGCUGCCUGAUUCAAAUGCAGAGAGGACAAUAACCAGAUUUGCGGAGGGUAGAGGAGUUUAUUGGGACAAGGAGCCUGGCGGGGAGAUUGGGACUGAAGGCUAGCAGCGGAGGUGAGAGAAACUGGGAACUGGGAGUUGGGGUAGGAGAAAACUGAGGAUGGCUGGGCAAGGAGACUAGGACUAAGAGCCAGGUGGGAAAUUGGGACUGGGAACAGGGGGAGACUGGGGCAAGAUGCUGGGGGUGGACACCAAGAUUGGACAAGAGGGAGGUAACUGGAGGUCAGGGUGAGGGAGAGAGGAUGAGGAGCCAGCAAGAAACAGGGACUGGUGAGCAAGGAGACUGGGAACAAGGAGCUGGGAGAUUGGUGGGAGGAACUGGGAAUGGUUGGGAUGGGAGACUGGGGGUGGGGGACAGACUGGGACUAAGAAUCUGGAGGAGUGAGACUGGGACUGGGACGACAACCUCCAAGAGCAGAGACUGGAACUGGGCAGGUGAGGAGAAUGGGAGUGGGAUGAGAAUCCAUGGGUGGGGAAGAGAGAGUUAAAAAUAUUAUUAAGGUUUCAGAGUCAAGCACUCAAAAUUAAGGUUGCCUAUGCAACCUUAAUUUGCGUCCCUUAUGCAUAUGCAUUAAAAUACAGACUUUAAUUACCAGUCCCAGCCUCUCCACCUUCCCUGGCUCCAUUUCCCACUGUACCCUUUCUCCCACCCACACUGCAUUUGAAUCUGGCAACUUCCUUCUGUGCACUGCCUGGACCCAGCAGGGGCCUCAGUAAGGGCAUAGGAGAGACAGGCUCACUGCUUUCACUUUAGAUGACGGGACCUGAACCCGGCACAGUUGCAGCAGCCCAGAGUUGCAGCUGCAAGGAAGGUCCUGUUCAGCCCCUGGCUGGAGCAUGCUCAGUGUGGAUGGACUCUUUGGGGGAAUUUAGCUGCUAAAAAUCUAAGAAGUCUCUACUGAGCAUGUGCAAAUGGUGAUUUUUUUACAAAGAGUUAUAAAUUGGCCUAAUUUGGGUGGGCACACUCCUGACACAGAGGCCAUCCUCUUACCAAAUUGCCAGUCCCUAUUCCAAAGCAUGUGGUUGCUAAAGCUUUUCAAAGAAAAAGUCCCUAGAGUUUUAGAACAUGAGCAAAACAGUGUAUUUUUCCCUAUCGUCAUUCUCAGAAGUGGCUGAACUGUUUUGGCUGAAAUUUUCCAUACACCCAGUAUGUCAAUUUAAGCCCAAACGAUUAAUGUCUGGCAAAGUUAUAAGCAACUGAAAACAGAGUUUUAUAAUGGGAAGCGUUAGGCAACCUUAGUAGGUGAUUCUACCACCUCUGCCUAUAAUGCAUAUCUGUUAUUGUAGAAAAAAUGUGCUAUCUUUGCAUUGUUUAAGGGUUAGUAUCAGGCUGCAUUAGUAAAGGGUAAAGACUACCGUAAUGUCCUGCAAUGGGGCAGAGUUAAAGUUGUACGUACAACCAUAGUUUGCUUUCAGUUCCUGAUUUGUGAUCACUUAAACCUGUAACUGUAAUGUUACAAUAACUUCAGCUUUUCUAUGUGAACUGCCCUGUUUUUCAAAAGGGGCAGGGAAGAGGGAAGAACGGAGGACUUUUAGGCUCCAGGAGCAUCAUCAUAUGGUAAAAGAUCCUUCUUAUAUUGCAAGUUCUUUGGGGCAGAGACGGUCUAUUCGUUCUGUGUUUGUACAGCACCUAGCACAAUGGGGUCCCAGCCAUGACUAUGGCUCCUAAGCACUAUGAUCAUUUAAAUAGAUAAUAAUAAUAAUAAUAAUUAAUAUCCUGCAGAGGUUACAGGCUCUGCAAAUGAAAAACUUCUCCCCCUGCCAACACAAGCAACAACCUUCAGAACCCUGCAGAGUACCUGCGGGGAGGGGAUGGAGGGAGCAGGCAGCAGACUUAGCACUAAUCUCAUUCAUGGCCCCUGGGCAGUGAGCUGCUGGGUUAUGUUACCCUCUGAAAAGGUUAGCGUGGGUCUCUUCCUGCUGCAGUUAGCAUCAUAGCUGUGAUGGUUAGUAGAACUGACUGUCUAAUUCUUAGUGAGGACUAGCUACCCUGAACAUUUCAGAUUUUAAACUGCAGCCAUUUUUGAGUUAUGCAUGAGCAAAGUAGCAUCUUACUAUUUUCUUAACAGGAAAAAAAGCAUAUUUUUUAACCCUUGCAUAACUCAGAAAUUGCCAAAGGGAUUUUGCUUUAGCUUGAAAAAAAAAAAAAAAAAGCACCAUCUGAGAUAAAGCAUGAAAAAUUUCAGCUCCAGAGUUAGGAGUAUGUGAAAAUAGAAGGUUAUAAUGAAAGGCUGAUGUAGCCUUAACUAUAAUGAACUCUCCUAGGCUUCUGCUGAAGUAUAUGAGGAUGCUUCCUGUUUACAAGGAAAUAACUGUAUCAGAGCUGCAUAAACUUAAAUGCCAAAAUCAGUGGUCUUUACUAUAACAUAACUAAGAGGAAAAUUUGGUAUGUAGUGCUCUAAUAUUUUUUAAUAGAUGUUUCAUUAUGAAUUAGGCCAAAAUAUGUUAUUAAUGAAGAGAAUUUAGUUUAGACUCCUUCCACUUCAAUAAAUAAACUCUCACUAUGUGAGUGUUUCUUUCUAAAACAGAGAGCAAGGUACUGGUGUACUGGUCUGGUGUAAAUCUGGAGUAACUCCAUGGACUUCAUGAGAGUUACUCUGGAUUUGCACUGGCAUAAGUGAGAUCAGAACCUGGCCCAAUAGCUGUUACAUUACAUAGUGGUGGUAUACUAUGCCAGUAUCAUUUGAUAAAGAUUAUUUGCUAAAUAGUGGCUAUACAACAUUUGGCAAAAAAUAAAAUGCAGUGUGAAGGAACUGUGACCUUCACACUCUAUGAGGGAAUAAUUGAGCUAUGUGAGAGCUAGGCUUUAUUGCUCCUUCUGGCUACCAAAAUAAAUAUCAGGACCUUAUACUAAUGAGAAGUGGAGAAGCCUGACAGUUUUAUGGGUAGUGAAAUUACCUUUGUGUGGUACAUUUUAAGUGCUUUUUCCAAACAAAAGAUAGUAGCUAGUACAGAGUGGUUUCACACAGCUAUAUGUGAUACUGUAAGGUUGUGGGCCUCUACUGUGAUCUCAUUUUCUUCAACAGAGUAGGAAUGUUUCUUCUGUUACUUGUGAAAGUGGUAACUGGUUGGGGAAAAGUUUAAAACCCCCCACCUCUAUCCACAUGACGUUCACGGAGUGCUCUCUCCAUCCCUCAAUUGAUCACUGCAAUGGAAGAAUAAACAACUUGAAAAGAUAGCAUUGCCAACUUUCCAGUUUCUCAAAACCAGACACUACAGCAGGAGUAUUGAACUUCUCCUCAUCCUCUGUUCCUCCUCUUCCCCUGAGGCUCCACCCCCUGCUCUGCCUCAUCCCCCCAAGACCCCGCCCCCACUCACUCCUCUCUCUCGCUUCUCCCCCGUCGCUUGCUGCUCUCCCCCCUCUCCCGUCAUUCAGUCCUCUUCCCCACCUUCUCCGUCCCCGAGCUGGGCUCCCUCUGCCCGUAAGGGGACUACUCACCUGCCACCCGCGGGGCCGGGGCUGGGAGCUGCAAGCCUGAUGUGGAGCCUGCCUGACUGCCCACGAGAUGCAGGUAGAAGGUGGCCCCAGCUGAGCAGGGGCUGGUGCGGGUUGGUGACCUGGUGCUUUCCCCCUCCCCCUCAGCCGCUCGCCCUUAAGGCAGGUAAUAAGUGGGAGGGUCAUGCCCUGCCCUCCCCGCCCCGUCCGGUGAGCCCUGCACUACAAUUAUGGGCAGAAUUGCCUGGGCCACUCAGCUCGCCUCAGGGAUCAUUCCCCCGCCCAGCUGUUAGCAAGGGGCCAGGCCCUGCUCUCUUACCCUGGCAGCAGUUCCUCCAGGCCCAAGGCAGCUGCCGAGCCAGCCCCACUCGGAGGUCAGGGCAAAGCGGAACCACAUGUGCCGCCAGCCUAGGGGCAGGCCGGCCCAUCCCUGCAUUCCCUGCUCCUGCCUGGCAGGUAUUGCUCUGCCCCGGGCUCCAGCUGAUCCCACCAGGCCCGAUCUUACUGGGCUGGACUGACACUGCUGGGCCCGAUCCUGCGCCACCCCAUUUUUGCACCCCUCUCCCGCAGUAGCUCUUUGCUGCCCCUCUCUCCCUGCCUUAGUUACGGCCUUGGAAAAUUGUGGUAACCGGACUUUUGGUGUCUAGUCAAUACUUCUGACCAGAGACUGUACAGGUCCCCUUCAAACCAGAGUUUCUAGUCAAAAACCAGACACCUGGCAACCCUGUGAAAAGAUAAAAGAAAAGGAAUGGUUAGUCUCUAAGGUGCCACUAGUACUCCUUUUCUUUUUGCGAAUACAGACUAACACAGCUGCUACUUCUGAAACCUGUGAAAAGAUAGGAAUUUUCAUACUGGACCAGACCAACAUUCCACCUACUGCAGCUUCCCGUCUCCAGCAGUACCAGAUGCAUCAGAGGAAGGGUCAAGAAACCCUAUUGUGAACAGUUAUGAACUAUGAGAAAGGAUGGCCCAGUGGUUAGGGUGCUAUACUUGGGAUUCCUGAGUUCAUUUCUAUAUUCUGCCACAGACUUUCUAUGUGAUGUUGGGCAAGUUGCUUAGGGUGGGAUCUAUGAAGGGACUUAGGUGUUGCAAUGCUGAACAUCAGAGAGUCUAGAAGAUCACAGAACAACACUGUGAUCCACAAAGCCGCGUUAGGCACCUCAGCAUCCAGUACAAUGAAUGGGGAGAGAUCUACAAAAGCUAGUAUGCUACGUGGGGAGUCACCUAAACUAGCCAACGGGAGACGCCAACCAAAAGGGGGGGGGUGUCAAGCCUACCCCCUUGGAUAUAGGGCCUAAGUCUGGGCUGCACGGGGGUGCCUAGCUCUGCUUAGCAAUACUAGAAUGGCACCCCCUGUCCUGGAGUCAGGUGGCUUAAGCACGUAAACUGUGUUUCUUGUUGGAAUGAGUUAGGUGACUGCCUUGCUCCACACAAAAUGGCUGCCAGAGGAGGUAGUGCCCAUCUUAUAACUUUUAGCCCGACGGUUAGAGCACUCCACUGGGAUGUGGGAGACCCAAGUUCAAUUCUCCUCUCUCUGCUAGAGCGGGAGAAAGUAUUUGAACAGAAGUCUGCCAUUUCUCAGGCGAGUGCUCCGACCACUGAGCUAUGGGAUACUCUGGUAUGGGGUUUUUUUCAGUCUCUCCCGUUGAAGCUGUUCUAUUGUGGCUAAGUAACAUAAGAGUGGUGGGAGGAGGGGGACUGGACCCAGGGUCUCUCACCUCCCAGUUGGGUGCACUAACCACUAGAUUUCAGAAUCAUUCUCCCUUUCUUGCCCAAUGAUUUUUCCACAGUGGAUAAAUAUUAAAUAGCCAUUAGGCGAGAGAGAGAGUGCGCAUGAGAGAAUGACUCUGUGGUCCAGUGGUUAGGGCACCCUCGUGAGAGACCGUGGAUCCAGUCCCCCUGAUUUAAUAACUCUUUAUUUAUGUCCAAUUGAAAAGCUUCAACAGAAGAGAUUGAGGGAGCCUCACAUCAGAAUAUCCCAUAGUUCAGUGGUUAGAGCACUUUCCUGAGAGAUGGAACACCCCAGUACAAAUCCUUUUGCUCCCCCUCUGGUAGUGAGAGGGGGAAUUGAAUGUGAGCUAAACAUUAUAAGGUGAGCAUCUCCUCUUCUGGCCAGAUUUUUGACCUGAUCUGGUAUGCAGCCUCUGAGAAUGCCUACAGGAUCAGGCUCCACAUGUGAUGUAGUCAGACAAACACCUAUCUUCCCCUGUUUUGUGAAUCACUCUGGGGCUUAGGUGGGGAGAUGGGCACCUGGACUCCCAGAAGGCAUCAGCAGCGUACAUGCCCAGGAGCUGAAACAUAAGUGUUGAGGGAGAUUUAUCCCGAAAUGUAGUCACCCAGUGAGUUUAGGUGACUACAGAGUUUGCUGGGAGUUUUGUGGAUAGCAGUGUAGCCAGAACUGGGACUUGGACACCUAAACCUGAGAUUUAGGUGCCUAGGUACCUUUGUGGAUCCCACCCUUACUCUCUCUGUGCCUCAGUACCACCUAUGGGGCAACCAGAUAGUGGCCCCAUUGUGGUUGCCUCUGUACAAAUAUAUAGGGAAAAUUUUCCACAGAGGUCAGCACUCAAAAUUGGGGAGGUUAGGCACAAGAAUAAGUGGACAGAUUUUCAGGAGCAAUCAGCCUGUUUGGUGCAGGGUGGGUGCUGAGGACUUUUGAAAAUCUGUCUAUGAAGUGUCACCGUGGGAGUUGCUGGAAGCUGAGCACUUCUGAAACUCUGGCCUGACUGGUGGGUUCUGAGCCCUUCAAAAUGUGGCUUUGAUCUGUUUUGAAAAUCUGGCCCAUAGUAAAUGACAACUGCUGCCGCAGAUAUCAUAAACACUCUCUUCUUGCCCUUCCUCAAACAUCCUACAUUAAAUCUGCUAUGUAUAUUACUUUUCAGACAAAGAAAUAAUUCUGAUAAUACUUUCACACAGAUCCUUGCAGAUCUCUAGAUCUAACUGAAGUUCAGAGUUGCCACAUUCUAGAAUUAAGUUUUUGUUGAACCACAUUAUAAAAUCAUGGAAUAUCCAUUGGCAGUCUGUCUAGAAUAGAUAGCAUUUGAGCACUGUUCCUAAGGCACAUAACGUCAUUUAUUCCCUCUUUUGUAGGGUUUAGGGCCUGUGGUUUUGGAGCCAUGUAACAGGGCUUGCUGUGUCCUAUCCUGCCUUAUUUGUUGCAGGCUGCAUUUUGUAUGCAAGGAAACAACAGACAAAAUAGCCUCAAAAGAAAGGAAGAAUGAGAUAGUUUCCUAAGUUGUCUUUGCCUGAGUUGGCAGCUGCUCUAGCUCAUUCAGCUUUUUGUUCUCCAGUGAGUGCUGUGCGUGUGUAGUAACAAUGGGGUGAUGCAGUUACACUGUAGGCUAAUAGUGGAGUUCCGUCAAAUCCAUUCAUAAAUACAGAGAAGGGUGCAAUGCUGUGAAAGCGAGCCAGCUUGCAGAGGAAGUAAGGCCUCCAAGUAAUGAGCUCUCCAUCACAAACAUAGCUGUCAGAUCUCAUGGACUGGUGAUAGACUGUGAUCAUCUGGUUGGAGGCUUGCCCCGACCUGCACCACUGCAGAUGUGUGACCUGUUCAAGCUGACAGAAGACAUUGAUAAUGGCUAGCAAAGAUUCCUUCUCAUAUACCCACAUAGCCCUAGUUUAACUUUGUCUGAUGCAACACAAAUAUUGUAGGUUUUCUAGGAAUCCCAAUUUUUAUAAACUCUGAUAUUAUUAUUGACAUUCUUCUUGUUUGUUAUUUAAUAUGCACUUCUGUCUUCUGAAGAUCUCCAAGUAUUUUUCUACCAUUAAAGGACCACUGUCAACUUGAAAUCUCAAUUCAGCUUAAAAAAUGAGUUAAUCUGAGGUGUGAUAUAUGCCCCUGAAUUCCCGCUGCCAAUUUUUUUGGCUUUACAGUCACGUUUUCCUAAAAAAAAGUUUUUCUCUCGAUUGUGAAAGACACCCCUCCUCCCCUCCGAACAACAGGAGAAACCGCCUAUUCUGGGGAAAUAGUGGAACUGAAUAUAAACAAAGUGUUGUCAAAUGAACUAAUAAAACUGAAAAAUUAGAGGAGGAAAAAACUUGUUUUCCCUAAUCCCUUUCAGUUACAGUCAUUUUAGGCAGUCCUGGUAACACAGUAAGUAAACAAAUUCUGGCAGAAGUGUGAUUUUGCUUAUUUAAGUAUGAUGAUGCCCCUUAAAUUAAUUUACCUAUACAACACCGCUGUGGGAGAGCAAAAUAUUAUUUCCCCUGUAUAGGGAUGGGUAAACUGGGGUAUACAAGCAAACUUUGUAGCCAUAAUUCAUCACCAGUGAGAGCAACAAAAAAAAGCAUCUUUCUGUUAGUAAACUGAAUCAAUUUGAUCUGGAAUCAAUAAGACACCAACAACAUGAAACACAGGAUGGCAUUUUCACAUUGUCACUUUUCAAGCCCUUGGUUUGUGUAGACAGUAGUGUCUCAGAGUUAGGGACCCGUGUACUGCAAAUCAAGUCCCCAAUUCAGGAAAGCAUCCCUAUGCUGGUAGCACAUGCCAAAGUUCCAUAAAGUUAAUCAUGUGCUUAAGGGCUUUUAGGAAUUGGGGCCCAAAUGUGGACCAAGUGGGAAUCCAGUCAUCUUUUGUCCUUAGCAGUGUGGAUCACACGUUCUGUGCUGGAAUUUAUGCAAAUCCUUAUUCCUAAAUGCAUGAGUAGUUGCAUUCCUGUGCUCUCAAAGCAAAGUGUAAAUAACAGGAGACCAGCACUGUUACAGCAAUCACCUACUGCACCCCCUUACAUUUGUUACAUAUCGCCUCUUUCUUGAAAGAAGCACCUCUCCUGUUUUCCUGCUGUUUUUUCUUUCUUUAAUUUUUUAAAAGAGCUCCUUUUCAGGAAUGUUGUUUAAGAGAACCAGAGACAUUUGAAUAGUCAUAAGGUAGGCUAACAGUUCUCUUCUUCAAAUACCAGCAAACAUUUAGGAAAAACCCACCUUUUUUUGCACAGAGAUGUCCUGUGAAUUUUUCAGUGUUUUCAGAUUGCUGAAUUUUAUCACUCAGCAAAGCAUCCCAACUCUGGAUUUAAGCUUUUGAGCUUCAGCAGCAACUGUGAAGUAAUGGUAUAAACAAAGGGGUGUGUAGUUAUAGCUCAGUGGUGUCUUUCAGAUAAUUUAAUUUAAAAAAAAAAAAAUUAAAAAAACCCCACUCUAACGUUGUUCUUCAGCUAGUUAUUGUACAGGGCAAAAAUUGUGGUUUGCUUGCAGAUGUUUGAUUUGCAAGAAGUUCAAAAAUAACAUUGUUCAUUCAGUGCUAAUGUAGAUUGGCUGCAAGCAUUUUUAUCACCAGAUUGUCUAAACCUGCUCUAAACACUAGAUAAAUUGUUUUGUGUUAGAUUUCCAAAAUAUAGUGACACCUCUCUUAAGUGAUCUCUCAUAGUCAGACCAAAAGUAUUUGCUUAGAAGAGGUUAAGUGGAACAAAAUUGUAUUCAAAGCAUUUGGGGAUAUUUUGUGAUGGUUUCUUGAUGAACACCUUUGCCUAGUGAGGAUGGUGUUUAAUAGGCUUUCAGUGUACACAGAUGAGCAUAAAUAAAAUUAGACUUUGUUGCAUCAAUAGACGUACAGUUUCUGGAUUGUUUUUUAGACAAUGUUCCAUAGCAUGUUAUCUACUUCCAUUAUGCCUCAUUCAUAUUCCCAGAUGUAUUUACUCUCUGACUAUUUGAUAGGCAAACCUAAAAGGCUCUGAGGUUCAGAUCAGUUUCCAUAAGCUCAGAUUUUUCUCUAAACCUCAUCUUUGGUUAAAAAAAAACCAGGCCAGAAAUCUUGCUGGGACAGGCUUUCUUUUGGUAUUUCUACUCCUACCCCAGGAAGUGAAAGGACUUAUGAAAAUUAAAAUAAAAAAGUUCCAGGGGACAAAUGGCACAGAGAGGUUGGAAACAAACUGAAGAUACUUUCAUCAAGAGCUAAGUCCUGAAAAGUACUGAGACCCCUCAAUUUGAAGUCAGUGGGCCCUAAUGGAGGUAGGCACCUCCCAGAAGGUGCUCAGGACAUGGCAGAAUUGGGUCCUAAGCUGCCAAUAGAGAUUCACGCUGGUUCAGUAGUGACUGAAAGUUCUUUGAGGUCUUGCUCAUGUCCAUUCCAUUUCAGAUGUGUCCAACCUCGUUUGGGGACUGUAUCUCAGUACACUGCAGACUCAGGGGUUAUCUGUAAUGUGAGCUCCUUUUGAGACCAUAACCCCUGAGUCUGCAGUAUACCGAGAUACGCUGAGAGCCAUCUGUCUGGCUUGCAGUGUCUUCCUUCCCCAAUUGUCCAGUUGGGUGGUGCAGGUGUUAAUGGACAACACGGCUUCCAUGUUCUAUGUCAGCAGGCAGGAGGAGCUUGAUUGUUCUCGCACGAGAUGUCAAGCUGGUUCCUGAAAGGCCUUGAAAGACUCUUUCCUCUGGUCUGGGACCUGGAUCCCCAAUGGGACUUCAACCUGGUCCUCUCCAGGCUUCACGUGUCCACCCGCUGAGCCUAUGGCUUCUUGUUCCCUUUCCCACUUGUCGUGGAAGGUGGUAUUCCGUGUAGCUAUUACCUUGGCGAGACAUGUCUCCGAGAUUAAAGCCCUCACUUCGAAGCUCCCACACAUGGUGUUCUACAACGACAAGGUCCAGCUGAGGUCCUAUCCGGUCUUCUGGCCAAAGGUAGUGUUGCACUUCCAUGCCAACCAGGACAUCUUCCUCCCGGUGUUUUGUCCAAAGCCUCACAUGACCAAUGAGGAGAGGCAGCUGCACACUCUAGAUGUCAGGCGCGCCCUGGUUUUCUACCUGGAGCCCACAAAGCCCUUCCACAGAUCGACACAGUUCUUUAUCAUGACAGCUGACAGGCUGAAGGGACUUUCAAAUCUCAGAGGAUUUCGAAUUGGAUCACCACCUGCAUCUGUACUUGUUACGAGUUGGGGCAGGCUGUGCCUCCACUGAUAGUGAAGGCUCACUCGAUUAGAGCUCAGGCAUCUUUGGCUGCCUUCCUGGCGCAUGUCCCUAUCCAUGUGCAGGGCCACGACAUGUUCUUCGGUACACAUGUUUACAAUGCAUUACACUAUCACCCAGCAAGCUAGAGAUGACGCUGUAUUUGGAAGAGCUGUGUUGCAGUCGACACGUCCAUGAACUUAGACCCGCUGCUGGUGGUGCUGCUUGGGAGUCACCUACAAUGGAAUGGACAUGAGCAAGCACUCGAAGAAGAAAAGACGGUUACCUUUUGUAACUGUUGUUCUUUGAGAGGUGUUGCUCACGUCCAUUCCAUGACUCACCCUCCUUCCCCUCCGUUGGCAUUCUGGCAAGAAGGAACUGAGGGAGGUGGGAGCUGGCGGCACCCCUUAUACCAGCACAUAUGCGCACCACUCCAGAGGGCGCCAGAGCCGGUCUCCUACGGUUACCACUGCGUGAAAAACUUACGACACCAGCGCAUGUGGUGAGCACACACACCUACAAUGGAAUGGACAUGAGCAACACAUCUCGAAGAACACCAGUUACCAAAAGUAAGCAUCUUUUUGUGCCACUGGAUGACCGUUUGGUGGCCUAUGUAAAAUGAAUCUGGUGAUCCCAGUCUAGUUCUUACUGAAGAACCCUGUCCCCAGAGGCAGUGUGUGCAGUAUGUGUACAUACUCACAGUAAGUGAGGCAGGAGGUGAGCGAAAAGAUUUAGGAAUAAAACUGUUUUCCUUAUUCUGAUAACGGUCCUUGUUCAGCAUUAGACGACAGUGUCUCUUGUGAUUCUUUAGGGGCUAAGAUGGCAUUGCCGUUUCCCAUCCUGUUCUGUGGAUAGAAGGCUGCAGCAAAAGGCCAGUGAAGUCAGUUGAAAGACUCCAUUCGUUGACUUCAGUGGGCUUAGGAUGAGACCCAAAGAGGCUUGAGAGAGGACUUCAAGAUCAGCCCUAUAUAAACUAGCUGCUGAAACAAUACAAAUUUAUUUGUGUUUUCCCUUCUUUAGCUUUUAUUUUUCACUUUGGGCCUGACCUUGCCAGGUGCUGAGUUCUUCCUGCACCUACUUACCUCAGUGAAAUCAAUGAGAGUUGAGGGCACUCAAUGUCAUGCAAGUUCAGUUCUGUACCAGCCUGUUCUAACGCCUAUUGAAAUCAAUUGCAAAAUUCCAUUGACUUCAGUGAUGUAAAGUUGGACCCUAUUUGCGGAGAUGGAUGGGAGGCUCACAUACCAGAUUGCCAGAUGCAAACAUCUUCAUAACAACAGUACAAACAUAUUUAAGUUUAAAAAAGUAAAAUAUGGAAAAAUCAGCGAGAACAUGUAUUAACUUGGUGCUGAAAAGUUAAAGAAAUGAAUCGCGUAUAGUACCAGGCCUUUCCAAAUGCUUAAACCCUGUUUCUAGGUUAUUGUGCCUGGAAAUUCAGAACCUGGACUUUCUACGUUGAAUAACCCAAAUCGUGACAUAGUGCAAUAUAUUUCUCCUCCUGUUUGUUUUCUCCAUGUGAAUUUCCAUCACUAUGCAAAGGUUACUCGCUGCCAAGCACAAAAAUUUAUCUUUUUUUCCAAACAUAAAAAAAUAACUGGAAUAAACUGCCCGAGGACUGUGAAGUUUCACACAAAAAAUUAAGUGCUCUUUUCUUCUGCACAUGCUAUGAUGACAAUAAAACUGUGGAAUGGAAACUACCUGAACUAUUUUAAUAGUUUAAACUACUAGACCAGAAAGAAAAAUGAGGAAGUUGAUCCAUGUGACACAUGACUUAACAACCCUUCUGAAAAAAACAACCAAAACAAACCGCAGAGUAUUUGUCAGUAAUAGUCACAAUUACCACAUCUUACAAUAGAAUUAUUAUACUAUUCUGGACCAUUACUGUAGUAUGCUAUAGUGUUGUUUUUAAAGGAAAUUCCCCGACUUCUAUUUUUUUAUUUCCUUUUAAUUUAUAGAGCAGCAUUCCCUACCUCUGGGUGCUGUACAUAGUAAAAUUGCAACAGUUAAAAAUAAAAUCCAGAAAUAAAUUACAUACAAACACAGCAAAGCAACACCAGACUUUGAGAAACUACAUUGUGCAUCAUUGGAAGCCUGAUUAUUGACCCUGCUGAGUUGUUUUUAAUUCUGUAACCAGUAACUUUGGAUAGGAGCAGAGUCCGAAUUAAAGUGAGAAAGAAGUGGUAGUUCCACCCACAAACCAAGCCCACCUCCCUGAUACACCAAAAUGAGACACUUUAGUAAAUUGUUGCAGAUCUUCAUAAUAUGUUCAUUCUUUUCCUUUCUCCCAUAAUAGUUAGCAUCCCAUUGACAUGAAUAGUGACAAUUCACACUUCUCAGAACUAUUAUUUCAGGCUCUGUGCACAGUCAGACAGACAGUCCUUGCAGCAGUUAGCCUUCAGAUUGUGAACUUGAGUGUAUCUUCUCAACUAUAAGUGCCAGUAAUUUAGGAUGAGUUUCAUUUGUAUGCUCCAGUCGAUUUUGCUGCCACAGCAAUGCUAAGCAGCUGGAUUCCAGUGGUGAAUCUGGCCCUAUUUUUUUUAAAGUAAACACUUCGUUUCUGCAACACAAGGUGACAGCCUCCAAAACGAAGUCCCAGCUUGGUAAAUUGGCACUAGCUAGCCAGGUUCAACCCCUGGAUGUGUGCUUUAUAGAUAUGAAUAAAUAAAAAUUACUAUUUUGAUUAGUAAAUUAUAUUGAAGUUGUUAGAACUUGACAGACAAUAUAUUGAUAGUUGAAUCAUAGUAUAGGCCUUGUCUUAUGGAUUUCAUUGAUGAAUUAUUGUGUUAAAACGAAUCUUCAAUCUGAACACCAUAUCCAGAAACACUAACAUCAACCUUAUUGUGGUUCUCAGUAUAAUAUAAAAAGCCAUGCACAUAAAUAGUAGUCCAAAUUCUGACCUGAAAUACCUUGUAGGCUUCAGCUAUAAAAUGAGGACAGAGGUACUGACCCACUUUUGUAUUAAGUGCUUUGAGAUUCUCAAGCCAUGCCUACGCUGUAAAAUUAAGUUGACAUACAGCCGCCACAGUAAUUAUGUCGAUUUUGCAUGUCAACACUACGCUCCUGGUGUCGGUGGUACAUGUCCUCACUAAUAGCGCUUGCAUCGAUGCAGAGAGCAGUGCACCAGGAGUAGCUAUCCCGCUGUGCAUCUCGCCAUCAUGUAGCACACAGUGUUUUAGUGCAUCAUGGGAGCAAAUGAGUGGUGCGGGGGUGACUGGGAACAUGGGAUCAACGUCCCAUGAUGCAGUUUUCUCCAUCCCAUCAUUC